ACGCACGCACGCACGGCGGACGGGGCCUCCGCCGUCUGUGAGCUCACGGGCUCGCGCGGGUCUCCACGGCGACCGGGCCGGCGCCCCGCCCCCUCCUCCCCCCCCCCCCCCCCAACCUUCUCCGGCAGCAGGGCCGCCGCCAGCCCGGCGGAGGACGACGACGACGACGUCGCCGGUGGCUGGAAGACGCCGAGCCCCGCCCGCCGGCCGGCGGUGAAGAGGCCGGCCCUCCCGUCGCCCCGGCCAGCAUGCUGCCGGCCUGCCCGCCCUCGCCCCCUCCGCAGUAUUAACCCCUCCUCGCCCGGCCUCCUGGCUGCAACCCGCGGGCAGGCCCACCUCCCCCCACCCCUGUCCCCCGCCCCCCCGGGGCCACAGCCGCCCGGCAGGAUGCUGAAGAGAGUCCUGCGCCUCUCCAACCGCUCCUUCCUCGCCUUCAUCUUCCUCUUCUCCCUCUCCUCCUCCUGCCUCUACUUCAUCUAUGUGGCGCCUGGCAUAGCAAACACCUACCUCUUCAUGAUGCAAGCACAAGGCAAAAUGUUGAGGGACAAUGUGCGAACUAUUGGCAUCCUGAUUCGAGACCGCUACACAAAGAGGAAUAGCACUCUGAAUGGCACAGAUUAUCUUGAAGGGUAUAAUUCAAGUGAAUACCUUGGUCAGGGUGGAACAUAUCUUCCGGAAGAUUUCACAUAUUCUCCAGGCCUGCCUUGUCCAGAAAAGCUACCGUCAAUGAAGGGGCUUAUUGAUGUUAAUAUGAGUGAAAUCAGCAUGGAAGAAAUCCAACAUUUAUUUUCACAAGAUUUAGAAAUAAAAUAUGGAGGUCACUGGAAGCCGGGAGACUGCAAACCCCGCUGGAAGGUGGCGAUCCUUAUUCCAUUCCGCAACCGUCACGAGCAUCUCCCAAUUCUAUUUCGGCAUCUGAUUCCAAUGCUUCAGAGACAGCACGUGCAGUUUGGCUUCUAUGUUAUUGAGCAGGCUGGUAACUAUCCCUUUAAUCGUGCAAUGCUCUUCAACGUUGGUUUUUUGGAGGCUAUGAAAGAUCUGGAAUGGGACUGCCUUAUUUUCCAUGAUGUUGACCACAUACCAGAAAGUGAUCGCAACUAUUAUGGAUGUGGGCAGAUGCCACGGCAUUUUGCAUCAAAGCUAGACAAGUACAUGUACAUUCUCCCGUAUAACGAAUUCUUCGGUGGAGUUAGCGGUCUAACAGUGGAACAGUUCAGAAAAAUCAAUGGGUUUCCCAAUGCAUUUUGGGGAUGGGGUGGAGAAGACGACGAUCUCUGGCGAAGAGUUCUUUAUGCAGGAUACAAUGUGACAAGGCCAGAAGGAGAUCUGGGAAAGUACAAAUCUAUACCCCAUCACCAUCGAGGGGAAGUACAGUUUUUAGGCAGAUAUAAAUUGUUGAGGUACUCUAAAGAACGUCAACCCCUGGAUGGGUUAAACAACUUGAAGUAUACUCCAAAUAUAACUCUGCACUCUUUGUACAAAAAUAUAACUGUGAACCUUACACCAGAGUUGGCUCCUGUGGCUGAUGAUUAAAGAGGAUGGGACCACCCUGAAUUUUAACAGCUUCCCUGGAAUAUUAUGAAUUUCAGCACAUUUUGUUCUGGCAGUUCAGUGAAAGGCUUCGAGGGUCUUGAGAAACGGCCAAAGCACCUCAGAUGUGGUUAUUUUAAUGACGGCUCGAGUCCUGAAGUUUGAACAGCUGAUUGUUAUCUGCAUGUGUGUGCACUAGCUUUGCAAAUGAGUUCAUUAUGCAUUUCGAGAGAGAGAACGCCCCCAUCGCUCUGAAAUCAAGGGGCGUACAGCAGGGCUGCUCAUUAUUAAGUCCUGGCAUUAUUGUGUUAGUUUUCUUGUCAUCGUCAGCUGUUCCUGUACAAAGUUGUUAAAGCCAAUAGAAUUCCCAUUUGUAGGUGUUGCAUAACCUAUUGUAAUUUUUAGCUAAAAUGAAGGCUUAUGGUCCUAUUGAAAUAAUGCUAUGGAUUUGUAAAUAUACUGUAAAAUUGUGCACUUUGCCACUCCUUUUUUUAUACUAUUGAACUAAUGCAUUUAUGUGAUGUUCCUUUUAAAAAGGAAGUAUAUAUAUGUAUGUAUGUAUUUAACUUGGCAUGUAAGAGCAAAAUGUAUAUAGUCUAAGACACCAUUUACCAUCCUUACUGAAUAAUGGAAAGAAUUCCAAUAUAUUAUCUGGUCUCUGGUAGCGAAAAACAGACCUGGUUACUGUAGGGGUAUAUGUUACUAAAUCACAUAACCUAGUUAUGAUCAAAUACUUUCUCUUGAAAGUAAAAUUAGUUUAGCCUGAGAUUAUUUUCAGCAUGGAGCGGUGCUCUCUAAGGCAUCUCACAAGUGGGGAAGUGCUUACAAAAGCCAAGGUGAGAGGUAUAUGUUUUUCUCCUUAAAAGGGAUGAAAAUAAACUAGCGGGUAAACUAAGAUGUCAUAAGGUUUUGUGUGUGCAGACUUACCAUCAACUCUUCAGAAACCACUGACGUUUAGCAUUUGCCCAAGUAACUCUACAGCCGCCAUGCUCUUCUGACUGAAAAGGUGUAGCACAUCCAUUACCCUGCGGACUUCCUGCAUGUUUACAAAUUCGGCACCUGUCAGCCCACAAUUCUCGGAUUCCCACUGGGAAUGCGAGACCCUGUUUUCUAUGAUUUUCAUCUUGCAAAGGAAGCAUUAUAAAAUUUAAUGUGUACGCCAAUAGUUAUAAAAGCAUGGAGUGAGUAGUUAGGUACAAGUUUUUAAAAUGUAUUCCAUUGGACCAUUGUCUAUAUGCCAGUACUACUGAAAAGGCAGAUGAUUCUGUGCAAGUAGUUUUUGGAAAUUGUUCUGUUCUUUUGAUUUUUCUUAAUUGAGAUUUGUUGACGGUCUUUAAGAAUCUGCCAUUACUUUGAUUUUAAUCUGGUGGGAUGUUGGUGUAAUUGUUAGACUCCACAACCAAGGGAAACUUAGCAUUUUUCUUGCUCUUCAAAGAGGGCAAAUAAUCGGUUUUCUAAUUUUGUUUUGUUAAAAUGGGCUGUUUCACUGAGUAGCCCAAGGAAGGUUUUCUUGACUCAUUAGUGGACUGCAGUAGUUCUUUAGUUAUGGACAAGCCUGGUAUUGUUUGUUUUUCAUUGUACAUUUGCAGAUCUUUUUUCUAUAACUUUUUAUAAUUAUCACUAACCACAGUUGGGAACUUUAAAUCUUUUGGCUUGGGGCCUAAACUUCUAUUAGUUGUGUGUGUUAUUCCUGAAUGUAUUUGAAGUACAUAAAACAUGCAAACUGGUUCAAAAAGUCUCACACAAAUAGAGGGGAAUUGUUUUGUAUUUGGAAAUGUAUAUUGUCUAACACGUGUCAUUUACUACUUGAAUAGUAGGAAGAAUUCCAAUAUCUUAUGUCUAGUAGCUAUAAGCAUACCUCGUUACAGGGCUAUAUAUUACUAAAUCACAUAACCUAGUUAUGACUUGGAAAACAAAGUGUGCUUCGAUUGUACUAAGAAGAAAAGUACAAAUGUUUCAAGUGAAAUAAGAUGUCCUCGCAGUAAGUUUGGGUGAUUCAACAGAACAGUGGCAUUCAGCAAGUUGGGGGGGAGGUGGAAAAAAAUACCUGAAUUGACAGCAUCGAAUAUACUGGUUCUGGCCCUGGAGAGCUCGCUUGAUGCACAUUUUCCGUACUGGUUGCCUUAAGCUUUUCUGUUCAGUAUUUGCUUAAGUGAACCAGAAAGCCUGCCCCUAAUGUAGGCACUGAAGAGUGGGGUCCAAAAGAAUAGUAUUGAAAACAUCUGGACAAAUACAAUGUGCUAUUCUUAAUACUUUAUAAACAUUGUGAAUUUCUUUUAAUCCAGCCAAAGUCGACCUGGAGUUUGAGGUUCCAGCAGCUGUCCUGACUCAGCUGUGAUUUUUUUUUUAGUUUCUACCUUUUAUUUUGGUUUGUUGUCUGUACCCUCCUUCCACUCGUUCCUUUCAGAUGACUUUUGGCAUAGGUAACACACUGGUUAAAUCACUGCACUGGUAACCUAGAGGCCUGGACCAUAAUCCACAGACAUCGUUUGGAUUUCCAUCCACCCCCCCCACUUGGCAGCUGGAAAAAAAUUAAAUUUAAGCAACUUACUCUGGGAAUUAAUAAUAAACAAAAAAGAUACCAGUCUUGGGACCAGCAACUAUCACAUUGUCCUCAAAAACUGAUCUGGUUCAUUUAAAGCACUACAAAGAAGGAAAUCCACCAUCCUUAUAAAGCUACAUGAGAUUCCAAGCCAACCAGUAUAGUUAAUACUUGAUUGCCUCCUCACUUUUGGGAUAAUUAAGGAUGUGUGUCAAAUGCUGGCAUUACCAGUAAUCUCCAUAUCCUAUAAUGAAUAAGUAAAAAUGUUCAUAUUUUCUCCAAUUGACCUUUCUAGUAAUGUUGUCAUUAGAGUCUAAACAUGACAUUUGGAAUGGCUGAUACUGUUAUGGAAUAUAAUGCAGAUUAACCCCACCAGAAGAAUAUUUUUCAUAGCAUAUGAUAACCUGGUGGUGUGUUAUUUUGCAGUGGAAUUGUUUGACUGUAUACGCUUGUGCAAACUUUCCUCCUUUCGGAAGAGAGAGACUGCAAAUGCUUUUGCUUCUCAGAGGAAAUAGUGAAGUAUAAAAUUUAAUUUUGUUAGUCUUAUCCAAAACAGAUUUUUCUUUCCCCUUUCCCAGUGAUAAUUCUGUACAUUCCCUGGGAUAUCUGUCAAGCAAUGGACAAUAAAUUUGACAAGUUCCCAAGUCUUUGGAAUGUAAGAUUCUCCUACAAUAAGGAGAAGUAAUCAGGAGGAUGGCAUUUCUGAUGGCUUUCUCUCCUUUAGAGCAGAAAGAACAGAGGCUUAGAUUAAUUCUGCCUGAUUAUCCUCUUGACUGGUGAGUUAAGUGAAAAUGCCUGCAGGUUUGGUGGGAAGCAAGGUGUCUGAUAUGGGGUAAUGUAUACAGUUGGUUUAUGCCUCUGAUUAAAAGCCAUGUCGGUAUAUCAAACUAAACCAAAACUGGAAAUAAAACCACUUAUGAACUGCAAUGUCCAACCACUAUUAAUGAUAAUUACCCCAGGUAUAUGGAAGUCAGUGCUAUUAUUUUACUACCUUUUUGUUUAGCUUUAAAAUUGCACUUGCUGUCUCGUUGCACAUUUGGUUAAUAUUCUCUGAAAGGAAGGUCAGGUUAUCUGAAGAGUUAAUAUCCAAAAAUCUAGUUUGGUCUGUUUUAAAAAUAUUUAAAAUGAAGCCUUGACACAGGAUGCAUCGUAAUUUUUGAGAUUUGCUAAUGUAUUCUAACCCUAUAGAACUUAAUGUAGAUAAUUCAUUUCUCUCUCUUGUGUAUCUGCUUUUAUUUUCAGUGUUAACUGAAAGAAUUGUGCACUUUAACUUUUACAUUAUCUCUAAUAUAUUUAUGAUUAUAUAUAUAUAUAUAUAUAUAAUCUAUAUGUAUUGGAUCUUAAAUUGGAAGGGUGAGAACUGUAAAAACCUGUAAUAGUGGCAGAAAUUGUUUUCUGUUCAAAUUCCCAUGUUGCUAAUCAUAUAACAAUGUACUGUAAACCACAUUUACUUUCAGAAUACAGUAUGAAGUUGAUUUGUAGGCAAAAAUUGUAGCAUGCUGCAGGAAGAUUUAAAAAGGCAUGCUAAUCUGUACACCGCACAGUCAGCUAAUUGAUUUAAGUAUCUGUCCAGUAGUGUUUCUGGUAAUAUUUGUAUAUUUUGUAUCAUUUUAUGGAAGUAAAC